AUUCUCGAAGGAUCCCUCCCGCGGGGAUGAUUGGCCGCCCGGCGUCCGCGUGCGGCUCCGUCGCCGCCGCGCGGGAGGCGAGCCUCCGCCUCCGGCACCACGGGCAUCGACUGCGCCGGGACGAGGCUUCUCCCUUGCCCAGAUCUGCUCCGCCUCGGCGCCGCGCGCUCUCCCCCGCCUCGAACUCCGUCUCCGACCUUCGGGACGCCCUCCUUCACCGCCUCCGCCUCCGCCGCGCGGCGCACGCUUCACCGCCGCCGCCGUCUGCGCCUCGGGGGAUUGGGCCGCUCUCCCCCGCCUGCGCCGCGCCGGAGUUCGUCGACCGGCUUGACCUCCUCGGACAUAGCUCCCCUCCCUCGCCUCCGUCUCCACACCGCGUGGCGGGCUGGGCUGCUUCGGCAUCCACCGCGCGGGAGGCUCUCCGCGCGGCCAGCUCUUCAGGCCCGCCAUCUCCGCCUGGAUGGACCGGGCAGCUUUGUCCAUCUACCUACCCUGCUCCCGCCGCAUCCACGGCGCGGGUGGCCCGCCGCUGCUGCCGCCGCCUCGGCGUCCGCGUUGAGGAACGGCGCGGCCCCUUUUCCCCUGUUUCCGCGUCCACUGCGAAGGAUCAGGAAUCCCUCGGCCUCAGCUGCCGUCUCUGCCUUCAGGAAGCUCCAGCACCGCUACACGGGGAGCUCUUCUCCAGCUCUAUCUCCACCGUGCGGCCAGCUCCGGGCCCCUCGCACAUGGAAUUGGGAAUGGGAUUCGCUCCACCGCUGUCGUUCUCGUGCCCGCCACUACUCACACAUCGGAUGAAUUCGAUGGCUAUGCUGCCGUCCUCCCUUGCUGUGCUACCCCCUGAGAAACCAGAUGAGGACGGAAUUCCAGGCCCGGUUCUAAUCAUCACUAACCUGGAACAUCCGAGGAGCAUUAUAUUUUCUCCAUACACGAUGAGAACAUUCAGUAGUAGUUUCCCGGUUGACACCGCAGAUGUGCUAUACUCAAAUGGAUAUUUCUUUCUGCUCAAAGAGGGAACAUAUGUUUCGGUGUGGGAAGUGAAGUCAGAGAAGCGUAUACUGAACUUUCACGUGGGGGUGGAAAUUGAGCAGGGGUAUUUCAAGGGAACCCCUGGUUCAGACCUGACUGUGGUGCUCGCCAGACAGAGGAUAUUCGCUCAAGUAGAUGUCUAUGGCAAUGCCGAUGAAGGUGGUGGAGAUGCAGAUAUUGUCACUGAAUUUUGGCUAAGAACAACGGAUGGUGUUUGGCAGCAGAAUGCUGUAGUAUGCGGACAUUUGGGCAUCCACCAAAAUGCUUUGUUCUGGUUAUCAGAUGAUGAAUGUUUGUGUUCAGUGACACAAGACGAAGAUGGUCUACUACAUCUCAUAGAGUGGGAGGGUGCUGUGGAAGCGAUUGGAAACAGCUUUUCGCUCAUAGAAAAUCUUGGGAGUCUCUACAUAGUAAAAAGUGGAGGUGUUUUACCAAACUUAGCUGGCUUACAGAGUUAUACCUGGUGAUCCGCCUGCUUUUCCCGAGACCAGAAUGGUCGGGAAAGACGUCUUCAUUGUCCACGGGAGGAGUGGAAUUGUUCUUCCUAAUCAAACAAACGAUAGCAGAGUCUUCACUGCUCCAUUGAUAGAGGACGCUGACUGCUCUCGGUUCAGCUAUGUACACAAUCGUCACGACAACAUCAGGCCUUGCGAGGAAGAAGUAUUUCACAUGUGGUGUGCGGCUGCCUGGGUAGUGAUGCAGCCCGGUCUCUGAGUAUCCAUUCAUCCUUCCACCAAAUGAGCAUGAGUCAUAUUGAAGAAUGCUUCGGUCGGUACAAGUGCUUUUGCCACCUGGUGGGGUUGUGUCAUCUGCAAUGCUUCUGUACAGAUGUUUCUGCCAACUGGUGGAGUGUGUUGCAGGGAAUGCAGUCAAGUGUAACAACCAGUCAGCGCUGCAUUCACAUUCACUGAUUACAGCAGAAGAAAGUGUAACAAGUUUUGUAGCCAAAGGCCAAGGAUAGAAGGAGGUCACCUACUGUAGAACUAAUACGUCCUUAGUUGCCUAGGACCUAGGUGUAAAUUCUGGUGCUGCUACGUGCGUUCUUCCUGUAUUUUUUUUUUUUUUUUGAAACAUGGGUCAUAUGGGAGCAUGUAUCAGCUCAUUUCUUCCUAUUAGUAGCAGGACUGACGGCUGGACCAUUAGAGGGGGAAGGGGGAGUUUCUGGGUGCUCGCGGCAGUGGCAGCGCUGGACAAAUAAUUCUGCAAUGAUUUUUUUGGGGGAAAUCAUGAAUGCUUUUGGGGCAUCUCUACUAGAUCCCCUAUCCUAAA